CUUAGGAUUUGGGAGUGACGCGGAUAAAGAGCUAGUCGUCCCUGUUUCCUUCGCUAUGAAAACUAUUUAGGUUAACUCGGCCAGCGGCUGCCAGCUCCAGCAGACGAGGUAAUUAUGAAGCCGGUUCGCUUGAGCUGUUGAAGAAGCCGUGACCGGAGAGCUCCGUGGUUAACCGUGAACUUUAACGGGUCGGGAUUGGAUCCGCCAGGGCCGCCCUCCGAGCUGUCGGGAUAACUUUGGAGAAGUUCUUUGUAUUCCGGCUGAACAUGGACUGGGGCACAGAACUUUGGCGGAAUUACUGCUGCUUGUGGAAGACCACAGAUGAAGGACGAGGUUAAGAACGGGGGAAGUACUGCCGCCUACAGGUCUGGCAUGUCCUUAACAACGUAUUUAUCCGGGAUCAGUAUGACACCAUAGAGAAGCACACGCAGUCUGGUCUGGAGCUGGUGGAGAAGUACGUGAAAUUUGUGAAGGAGAGGACAGAAAUUGAGCAAAACUACGCCAAACAACUGAGGAACCUUUCCAAGAAAUAUAACCAAAAACGAAGCAGCAAAGAUGAGCCAGAGUGCAGGCUGACCAGCUACCAGUCUUUUUUGGACAUCCUGAAUGAGAUGAACGACUAUGCGGGCCAGAGGGAGCUAAUUGCAGAGAACUUAAUGAUGAACAUUUGCAUCGAUCUCACCAAGUACCUGCAAGAGCUCAAGCAGGAACGGAAGACGUAUCUAACGGAGGCCAAGAAGGCCCAGCAGAGUUUGGAGAGCACAUACAAGCAGCUCGACACUAGUAAAAAACGAUUUGAGAGGGAGUGGAGAGAAGCAGAGCGGGCAGCACAGAACGCAGAGAAGACGGACCAGGACAUCAAUGCCACCAAAGCAGAUGUUGAAAAAGCUAAGCUGCAUGCUAAUAUGAAAGCACACACAGCAGAGGACUGUAAGAACGACUACGCCUCCCAGCUUCAAAAGUACAACAAGGAGCAGAGCCAGUUCUAUUUUAACGACAUGCCAGACAUUUUCAAUAAAUUGCAGGAUCUGGAUGAGAGGCGAAUACGGAAGUUAGCACAAGGCUACAUCUUGUUCUCAGACACAGAGAAACAUGUGAUGCCCAUCAUUGGCAAGUGCCUGGAAGGCAUUACUAAAGCCGGCACUAACGUAAAUGAGAAGAAUGACACAAUGUUUGUGAUAGAGCAGAAUAAGUCGGGUUUUGAGCGACCUGGAGACCAGGAGUUUGAGGACUACAGCCAAGGCAUCAAUCGAGCCUCUUCAGACAGCAGUCUGGGUACGCCUAAAGGCCCCAUGGACCUUCUGGGGAAGAAUAAGAGCAAAAACUUUUGGCUUUUCACCAGGAAGAGUAAGUUCUCCUCCUCCAUGCUCACCCCUUUCUCCAGCCCUCCUGACCCUUUGCCCUCUAACGGAUCCCCGUCCCCCAAGUUUAGCCGGGAGCCACUGUCGUACUGUUUGAAGGAGAUCAAUAAGACGGUCAAACCCAGAAUCUCUUCCUUCCGGACUCUCAGGAGAUCGAAAUUUACCCCAGACAAGAUCAUGCCCACGGUGACGGAGGACUUUGCCCAUCUCCCCCCUGAGCAGCGCAGGAAGAGGUUACAACAGAAACUGGAGGAAAUUUCUAAAGACCUGCAGAAGGAAGUUGAUCAGAGUGAAGCACUCGAAAAGAUGAAAGAUGUUUACGAGAAAAACCCUCAAAUGGGAGAUCCGGCUAGCCUUGCAUCUCAGAUCAGUCAGACGUCUCUGAAAAUGGAACGGCUCAAAGUAGAGCUGAACAAAUAUGAGACGUGGCUGGCUGAAGCAGGUGCUCGAGGAGACACACUACGGUAUAAACCCAACGUGUUUAACAAUAACGGAGCUCAUGAUGCGCUCAGUCCUGACGGAGCUCAUUCUGAUGAAAGCACUCCAGAUCCCUCUCAAGCCAUUUACGCAGAGUUUGAUGAUGACUUUGAAGACGAGGAACUAGUCGCUCCGAUUGGGGAAUGCACAGCCAUGUACAACUUCCCCGGUGCAAGUGAGGGAACCAUCUCCAUGCAGGAAGGGGAGGUGCUGGCUGUGGUUGAAGAGGACAAAGGGGACGGUUGGACACGCGUCCGCAGGAACAAUGGUGAUGAAGGAUACAUUCCUACGUCUUAUGUCUCCAUCAGACUAAACAAAUGAGGAUCAGGAAUCGGUCGGAUUACCACUUCAGUGAACUGCCUGCAGUUCUUCCUCUUGGACCGGUCGUGAAGAAGCCUCAUCAUUUUUAACUAACCCUGUCGUCGUCGUGCAGAGGAAUGGUGCUACUCGUGGCUAGCAUCACUGCCACCUGCUACCUUAACCGCAAAGUUAUUCCACUUUUCAAAUGAAUUCAAAGUAAAGUACUUUCUUCUCUUUCUGGCAUCAUUUUGAUGCGAAUGCUUUUCUCGUUCUGUAGCCUAAAGAGGCUUCUAAAGGUGUGAGGAUGCAGUAGAGAAGAAGUGCUGCUGCCAUUUUUACACCGAGUCUGAACCCCGUGCUCGUUUCAACCGGCUGCAGCAGAGGCAGGAACUCUUUUGCCUCUCAUUUAUCUUAAGUGAGCCACUUUCUAUUUGUAACACCACUUGAGCGCCCCCGCUCAAGGAUGUGUGCGAGGAACGUUUCACUCAUGACUUUUAGCCGUUUGUGAGGCCAGGAGUGUGGAUCUCUCUCUGGGCAAAACCCAAAAGCAGAAACUAUUGGAUGUUCAGACAAUCGGCCUUAUCGUAGUUUAAUCAGACCUUCGUCAGUAGCAAUCACAUACAGCAGCUUAUAUUUUACAACUGUUGAAAAGAAACCGCUGCUGUGUUAUACUCAUGAUAAAUUAUUAGGUGUGUUUGAAUAAAAUGUUUAUAAUAGGAACUAAAAACUAAGUUGUAUGCUGGGCGUUCUUUUCUCCUUGCACAGAGGACAGCCUUUAGCCACAAAAGGGAGUAAAAAGUGUACACAUAAAGUUUUAUUUAUAUAAUAUAUAUAUAUUUUAGCUACAACACCACUAUUGUCUUAUUAGCUUUUAACUAUUGAAAUAAAGAAUGUUUUGUAGUAAGAGAAAACUAAAGUAUAUAUAAUAAUGUUGCUAACUGUGUUUAUUUGGAUUUGCAUACCAAGUUCACAAGUUAGUUAUUUUUUAGUGUUUAUGACACGAGCAACAUUCUCCUCACCGUUUGUCUUUGGUGCCUUGCUGGGUUGAACAGUUGUGUAAAUACCAAUUUUUCUUACAUUAUUUUCAUCUUGUCAACACUUAACAAGUGUAACGCACAUUUCAAUGUUAGAAGUUAUUGUGUUAUCCCUGGACUUUGAAAAUAAAUAACUGAAACACAAA